GGCCUUUUCGGUGGUGGCCCCCGAAUUAUGGAAUGCCCUCCCAGAUGAGAUACGCCUGGCGCCUUCCCUGUCAUCUUUCUGGCGGCAGAUGUAUACAAUUGUAAUUUAAUUGGAAGUUAGGAUUCUGUCUCAUACCACAAUCUGAGAGCAACAGCAAUCACACCCUAUGGACAAAGCAAUUUGGUUACUGAUUGUGACACAGUAUGUAUUUCAGAUAUCUGGUGGUCUGAAGUGCAGCCAAGUAAAGAAACCAUCUAGAGCAGUUUUGUUGGAGUGGCCAGAGUUUCCAAAAGGGAGACAUCCAGAUUUUUACAUUGUAGCAUACCGCUUCAUUGAUGACCUUGUUCAAAAAAAUGUGAAAAGAGUUUCUACAACUCAACUAAAUGCACAGAAUGUUACAAUUCUUCUUGAAGAAGAGAAGAAAUAUGAUGUGAUGGUGCAGUCACUGAAGAAUGGGAACAUUCUAUAUGCAAAAUCAUUCAAGACAUGUUUAUGUUCAGAUGGCUGGACAGCUUUCAAACGGGGCUGCUAUAAAUUAAGUAAAGAAAGCAAGCCUUGGGGUGUGGCACAACAGAACUGUGGAUUAUUUUCAAGUGGAGCCCAUCUUGUUGAUAUAAGGAGUGAAGAAGAACAUACAUUUCUGACUUCUUAUCUGCAGUCAUUCAGUCAAGUAGUCAUGUUAUGGACAGGUCUUAAUGAUAUUAAGGUCAGUAUAUUAUAUCUUAGAUAUGUUAUGAAAAUCACCAUAGAAGAUCUGAGUUCCAAACCACCUCUGCUAUGGAUUUUCUGUGUCCCAUCUGUAGGAUAG